GCAUUAUGUGAUUUUUACUGUAGUUAUGGCAAAAUAGAGCAAUUUCUGAAAAUUUGUAUAAAUGGCAGAAGCAUCAAAGAUGGAGGGAGAAGGACAGGAAGUGCAGAAAUCUCAAGAAGUUUUACAGAAUUUGACACGUUAUCUGAAUUCCAUUGGAGAUGAUAAUAGAAACACUCGUAAAAGGGCAUUAGAAUCUAUAAGAAAAGAAACAUUGGGAAAGAAACCGCCAUUGGAUAAAGCUAUUUUUCACCACGUUUUUGUUGAAAUUUCAAAACCAAUUUUGUCAUGCCUUUCUGAUCCAGUUGAAAAAUGCAGAGAACUUUCUGGAAACUUUAUACAAGACUCUAUAAAAUUGUUGCCAUGUUUAGAGGAAUUUUUACCACUUUUGAUACCAGUGUUUGUGCAAAGGCUUGGUCAGCAAGACUUGGUGGAACAGUCGGAAGAAAUCCGCCUGGUCUUACUGGAAACUCUGACAUUGAUUGUCAAAGAAGCGAACAAAAGGUUAGCUGUGUACCUAGAUGACAUGGUGACAAUAUUACGCAGAACAAUUGUUGAUCCCUUUCCUGAUGUUAAAAAGGAAAGUUGUAAAUGUGCAUCAGCUUUAGCAAAGGCUACUCAGGGUCAUUUCCAUAUGCAGUCUGAGUCCCUCAUCCCAUCACUUAUAGUAACAGUAACACAUCAACAUUCUCGAGUGAGAGCAGAAGCCGUAACUGCAAUAGGUAGUGUUAUACAAUAUGGAAAUGGAAAAUCUUUUGAUGAUGUGGCCUCCCAUCUUGCUCAACGUCUAUUUGACCAUGCCCCUGCAGUGCGAAUUGCAGUGAUCGAUGUAGUUGGAACAUGGAUGCUAGAUCUGAUGGAUCGCUAUUCUUUCUGGCACAAAUUGAUCCCUCUGUUGCUCUCAGGGUACACUGAUGAGCUACCAGAAAUACAAGAAAAGACAGAUGCGUAUUGGCAUGACACAGGAAUUAAGUAUGAGAAAGAGAAUCCUGAUGAUAUGAAAGAAAUGGCAGAUUUUGCGAAACCAGCUCCACAACAUUAUCCUUCUGAUACUGAAAGACCAAACCUUGGAUGUAGACAACUCAUGUACCGUAACAUCUCUAAGAUUAUACCUGCAUUGAUACGUGAUAUGGGGGAUUGGGUGGUUGAUACCCGCAUCAAGGCAUCUCAACUGUUAUAUCACUUACUACUCUCUGAGGAGGAGUAUAUUGUACAACAUCUUGAGAAAUUGCUCACUGGAAUGUACAAAGCUUGUCAUGAUGAAGAGAAAGAGAUUUUAAAAAAUAUGGCUAAAUGUGCUGAAUUGUUAGGUUACUUUGUGCCAUGUGAGGUAUGGUGUAAGCUCAUUCUUUCCGCAAUACGCUCAGGGGUCUCUUUUGGCAAAUUGGUAGUCCUACAUCACAUCAUACUGGGUAGUCAGAAGGAUCCCUUGAAAGCAUACCUAAAUCAAAUAACUGACACAUUGCUGCUGCCUGAUGUCUGUGCCAUGGGAGAGGAUGGAAGUCAGUUAGAGGUUGUGAAGUGUGCUGAGGCCCUGUGUUCUCUCUGUGGUGAAGAUGUAGACCAUGUGGCUCCCCAACUGUUUGAAGUUCUAAUCACAGUGUACGGGUCUUCUAGGCAGGCCACUGUACAACAGCAGGCACUGGUAGCAGUAGAUUUCUUAGGAAGGUCACUUCAGCUAGACAGACAAGGAACAUAUGAGAGGUUUUCUCAAGGAUUGCUACAAAAAUUAUAUGAUGAUCAUAAAAACUGGACCAUCCAUUCUGAUCAAAGGAAAGUUUUUGAUGCCCUGCUUACAGCCUCAGGUCCAGUUGCUGGAAGUUUACUUGAUACAUCAAUGCCGAUUAUAUUCUACUAUAUAAACCCAACAUAUGAUGAUUCUCGAGAUCCUGAACUGACUUCAAAAUUCUACAGUCUACUUGGGAGACUUAUGACAGCCGAGGGGUUCCCUUUGAAUAGCGCAGACAAGUUUGGGGACUUUGCUGUACAACUUGUAAAAGAGGUUGUCAUUCCUAAUUGUGUGUGGCAUGCUGGGAAAACACAGAGUGCACUUCGGGCAACUGCUGUCGCCACCUUGUGGGAGAUGAUGAAACAAGGAUAUUUACCUAAAGAAAAGAUGCUUGAGGUGGUGGAAGAUCUUCUCACUCAACUGCUGUCUCUCCUGACUGAUGAUCGGAAAACAACACGUCUCCUAGCAACCAGGUGUGUUGCUGUUGUCCUUGAAAUCGUCAACACUGAUCUUGAACCCGACAGACUGCAUCAGAUUUAUCCAGAAUUCCUUAAAAGGCUUGAUGAUAGUUCAGAUGAUGUCAGGAUCUGCGCUGCUAGAAUGUUUCCACCAUAUUUUGCCUGUUUCCAUGACUACCAAGUUGGUUUAUAUAGGGCCCAUCUUGAAGAGAUUUAUAAGGGACUCCUGGUCCACCUUGAUGACCCACAGAAGGAAAUUCAGGACUAUGUGUUAGAUGCAUUAAAAUCAGCUGCUCCUCUAGCGCCAUCUAUCUUAAUGGACGAGAUAGAAAAAGUGAAGCACAAACACAGAGGUCCUGAAUAUUGUAACAAACUCACUCAGCAUAUACAAUCUCUCAGUAUAUCAUGAACUCGAGGAAGUUAAAGAUCUCGAUUCCUUUCAACUUUUCAAUUAUCAGUGGCUGUUUCUCAAAGACAUGUAACAUUAAAACAAUGAAAUUCUUGAAGGUCUAUUGUCCUUCAUGAUUUGUCAAGCCUUCCACAUUUUGUAAGGAAAUGUAUUCAAAGUAAUUUACAUCCACAGAUGAGCCCUAAAGUACUAUUUGAAAUUCAUCAAACUAGGUGGAAUAAUGGAUGCAAAAUAUUCUUCCGGUAUCCAAAUAUCAAAAUUGGAUCACUUACCAAAAUGUGUGUU